AUGCCGCACGUUCAGUAUACAGGCUCACGACGAACAACAGUGGGAAGAGAGCUCAUCGAAGCCAUCACCAAGCGCGGCGACAAAGCGAUAGCAACAGCGCGCAACCUAUCGAGCAUUGAAGACCUGAAGUCCGAUAGCGUGGCAACGCUUCAACUAGAAGUCACUGCUUCCCAAGAUGAAUUGAACCAGCGAGCUGAAGAAGCCGUCAAAGCGUUUGGUCGGAUCGAUGUACUGGUGCAUAACGCUGGCUAUAUGCAAAUGGGGACGUGGGAGGACCUCACGCCCGAGCUGUUGCAGGCUCAAUUCGCUACCAACUUCUUUGGACCUGUCAAUCUCACGAGAGCAAUCCUUCCACACAUGCGGUCCAGGAAUGCAGGCACAGUCGUCUUCGUUAACUCCACCUCAAGAUUGCAGCACUUUGCCGGUGUGGCUGCGUAUGGAGCUAGCAAAGCAGCGCUUGACCGCUUCGUGGAUGGAUUAACCCGCGAAGUCGGACCAGCCGGAAUCAAGACACUCUCCCUGGACAUCGGAGCCUUCCAGUCCUCGCUCAUCCUAGAGCACAAGGCACCAAGCAAUGUCCCGCCCACGGAACAUCACGGACAGCUAAUGGACGCACUUGUGGGAUACCUGCCUCUUGUCCAUGCCAACCCUGUCAUCGACAUCACCAAGCUAGCAAAUCUGUUCGUGGACCUUGUCAAAGGCGAAGGUGUUGCUGAAGGGCGCGAGAUCCCGCUCCGAUUGCCGGGUGGACCCGACGAUUUGUGGAAAGAACUUGCCAACGAGCAGAAGGACAUUCCGCAGACUCUUCCAGUUGGACCGGACGCGUUCGAAUAUGUCAAGCAAUUGUCCGAAUACGGCCUCCGCAAGAUCGAGAUGUGGGAGGACGUGAUCAAAUCUGCCAACGUCGAGACCCGUGCUGCACAAUAG